CCCUAUGCAACUCCAUUGAAUAUGAGAGAGAAAUAGAGGAGGCCAUGCAUUCACUUCAUCCUAGCUAGCUGACUUUAUAGAGAGACCUUAGAGUAAAUGCUCCUACUGUCUUCUUCUGACUUUUCUAUCUCUCCCUGUUUUCUUUGCUCUACACUCUCAUGGCUAUAUCUCCUGUUUAAGGUCAGCGUAGCCUAACAAGAGUAUAAGACACCCUUCCCAAAGGCUCACCCUGUGUGUGUGUGUAUAUAUAUAUAUAUAUGCAUAGCACAGGAAACAAUCCCUUUUACUGAGUCCUCAGUCCGCUCCACCUAGGAAGAAGAAAGCAGAACAUCAGCAAGAAAAAUAUACUUCAGAAAUCUCUCUCUCUCUCUCUCUCUCUGUCUGCCCAUCAAUUAGUUCAAGGAGAGCGAAUUGAAAACAAGUGCCAUGGGAAGACCUCCUUGUUGUGAAAAAGAAGGAGUUAAGAAAGGUCCAUGGACGCCAGAAGAGGAUAUAAUCCUUGUCUCUUACAUACAAGAGCAUGGCCCUGGGAAUUGGAGAGCUGUUCCGACGAAUACUGGUUUGAUGAGAUGCAGCAAGAGCUGUAGGCUGAGAUGGACCAACUAUCUCAGGCCAGGAAUCAAGCGUGGUAAUUUCACAGAUCAGGAGGAGAAGCUCAUAAUUCAUCUUCAAGCACUCCUUGGAAACAGAUGGGCAGCAAUUGCCUCUUACCUACCAGAAAGAACAGAUAAUGAUAUCAAGAACUACUGGAACACUCAUCUAAAGAAGAAGUUGAAGAAACUUCAAUUUUCCGGCGAGGAUGGAGGCCGCACUAUCAACCCGAUCAUCUCUAACAACCACCACCAAUCCAUCUCCAAAGGCCAAUGGGAGAGGCGGCUUCAAACCGACAUUCACAUGGCCAAACAAGCUCUCUCCGAAGCCUUGUCUCUCGACGCCAUGAAUCUCGAAUCACCUUCUCCUCCCUCCCUCUGUCCGACCACCGCCACCGCCACCACCACCUGCACCUAUGCAUCCAGCACAGAGAACAUCUCCAGGCUGCUCGAGAAUUGGAUGAAGAGCACUCCUAAAUCAAGAAGCAGGGCGAGCUUCGGCUCUAUGACCAAUGCGUGCUCCGAUUCUCAAGCAUCAGCUGAUCAGUUUGGUUUCAGGCCUGUGAAGAUCGAGUCGAGUGGAGUCGUCUUGAAGGAGGAGAGUAAGGAGAGCUCUGCGGUCGGGCCGCCGCUUUCAUUCAUUGAGAAUUGGUUAUUUGAUGAUAUAAGCGUCGAAAAUGGAGGUGAUGAUCAUCAGGACUUGGUGGAUUUGCCUCUGAGUGAUGCUUCAGAGUUGUUUCAGGAUUGAUAUGGAAGAAGAUGAAGUCUUGUUGGUGAUGCUUCUCAUAGUACGUUGCAGGAUUAAACCUGCUUCCAUCCGCUUUGCCUUGAUUCAUUAAUUGAGGCUCAAACAAUGGAGCAGAUGGCCGCAUGUUUAAUUGAACUCAUGAAGAUUUGAGAAGCAUUAUAUUUUAAGAUUUUUUUUUCUUUUUUUUUUUUUUUGCUCUUCCCCGAAGGUUUUAGAGGAAAAUGAGAAGAAAUAUUAAUUUCAUUAGUGUUCAAUGAUGGAACUAUGGCGCCGUUCGUGAUUAAUUGUACUUAGUUUAUGUUUUUAAUCUUUUAAUUUCUUUCUAAUUAAGCUUAUCAAAACUGUAAAUUACAAAGAUGUCUUAUUAGCUUUAAGACAAGAAGAUUUGUAUUUCAU